AUGAAAUUCGAUCUCUCGGUUUACUUGGUGACGGAUUCCACUCCUCCAAUUUUGAAGGGUCGUGAUCUAUGCACUGUGGUGGAGGAGGCCCUCAAAGGAGGAGUCACCAUUGUUCAGUAUAGAGACAAGAAGAGUGACACGGGAGUACAGAUUGAGACAGCGAAAAAGCUGCAUAGGAUCACCCGGGCUUAUGGAGUCCCCCUACUGAUCAAUGACCGCGUGGACGUUGCGCUUGCUGUUGGCGCAGAAGGAGUCCAUCUUGGUCAAGAUGACAUGACUAUCACGGAGGCUAAGAAGCUGCUACCUAAGGGCUCUAUCAUUGGUAUUAGUGCUUCAUGUAUUGAAGAGGCACAGACAGCCGUUGCUGCCGGCGCAGACUAUCUUGGUAUUGGAACCAUGUUUGCUACAUCCACAAAAACAAACACCAAGUCUAUUAUUGGGACUGCUGGUGCUCAGGCUAUUCUAGCGGCCAUUGCAGAUUCCGGCCGUGAGGUUGGAACUGUCUGCAUAGGCGGAAUCAACCAUUCAAAUAUUCAACGCGUGCUUUACCAAUCUAGCUCUCCUAAAAAGGGCCUGGAUGGGGCUGCCAUUGUCAGUGCUAUUAUGGCUGCGGACGAUCCCAAGGCUGCUGCGGCCCAAUUUGUUAAACUUGUUGCGACGCCUCCGGCAUUCGUGCAGAAGUUAGAGGCUCCGCAAGAGGUUUGCGAUACAGCAGCUCUUGUAGGACAAGUACCGCAUGUCGUUCAAAAGAUGGUCGAGGUUCACCCAUUGGUGCACAACAUGAUCAACUUUGUGGUAGCGAAUUUUGUUGCAAAUGUAACUCUCGCGAUGGGUGCAUCACCCAUUAUGUCUCCCUAUGGGGACGAAGCGACCGAUCUUUGCCAAUUUGACGGGGCGUUGGUUAUCAACAUGGGCACCCUGACUAGCCAGAGCGCACCGGAAUACUUAAAAGCGAUCAAAGCAUACAAUGAACGUGGGAAUCCAGUGGUUUAUGAUCCAGUUGGCGCUGCUGCCACCGAAAUCCGACGACGGACUGUCAAGCAGCUGAUGGCGGGUGGGUACUUUGACCUCAUCAAAGGCAACGAGGGCGAAAUUCGACAAGUUGCAGGAAAUGUUUCCGUAACACAACGAGGUGUCGAUAGCGGCCCAAGCACACUUGACAUCGAAUCCAAGGCUAGAUUGGCUCGCGAUCUUGCCCGCAGAGAACGCAACAUUGUUCUUCUCACGGGAGCUGUCGAUUAUCUAAGCGAUGGAGAGCGUGUCAUUGCUAUCGAGAACGGGCAUGAGCUCCUUGGCCAAGUUACAGGAACGGGUUGUGCCGUGGGUACCGUGGCAGGAUGUUUCCUUGCAACCCAUCCCACAGACAAAUUCCUGGCUGUACUCUCCGCUCUUCUCAUGUAUGAAAUCGCAGCAGAAAAUGCUGCCGCAAAGGCCAACGGCCCAGGAAGCUUUAUCCCGGCCUUCCUAGACGAGCUGCACGCUAUCCGACAGGCUGCCCUGAAGGGAGACGCUAGUUGGUUCGAUGGACGCGCAAAGGUUCGCGAGAUUUGCCUAUGA